AUGGCAUCCCCUCCGGAGUCGCCGGAAGAUGAGGAGCUUGCGCUGUUUUUGCAGCGCAAUGCCCUCGCCGAUGUGGUAGAGGUGGUUGAGGAGAAUGAGAAGAAGGAAGUGGAAGAAGAGAAAGAGGUGGUGGGAAAAGAAGAAGAGGUGGUGGGAAAAGAGAUUGAGGAGGGGGAGAAAGAUGUGAAGGAAGAGGCGAAGUUGGAUGUGAAGUUGGAGGUGAAGGAAGAGGUGGAGGACGAGUGGCAGGACUGGCAGGAUUGGUGGGCAGAAGCAGACGACGGCCAGGAGGAGAUCGACGAGCGCUCAAAAGACGAAAUACCUUCUCCAAAAACACCUGUGGAGGCGGACGAGGACCAGGUGUGGAAGAGCAUGGGCUUGAACAAGCCCCCACAGCCGCCGCAGAGAAGGACCCGCGGCCAUAGAGCGACCAAAAGGCACAACUCCAAUCAGCGCCAAAAUGAGCGGAACUUGGCCAAAAAGCUCAUGAACCAGCGGCAUGGAGCUUCGCGGUGGAAUGCAUCCUGGUGGGCUUCAUCCUCAAGUUCAUGGCGUGGCUGGUCCUCGAGCUCAUGGCACAGCUGGCCAGAGCAAAGCUGGCGCUGGUCGGGAGAUCAGGAUGGGUGGGGCGGAUCGAGUGGGUCAACCACGCGGCUCCUUGAGAAAGCCCUAGACAAAAUUCCUGAUGCGCG